CUCUCUAAGACUUAGACUUGAACAGAUGACCAAAGUGGACUAGGCCCGUUCUGUUCCUGUCGUUGGAGACGAUGCUUUUUUAAAGGCAAAGGACUGCAGAAGGAUCCGGGUACACUUCACACCGUCUUGUCCACACCCUCCUAUCUGUAAAUUGCUCAAGCGCACUCUCUCUCUCUCUCUGUAAGCUUUCUCUUGGAAACAAGAAUGGAUUCGUCUCAGCCGGAACUCGUGAUCUUCGACGUUGAGACGGUCAAGGUAACCAAAGCCAUCAUAGAAUUCGGGGCCAUCAUCGUAUGCCCGCAAACGCUGGUCGAGAAAGAGUACUUCUCUUCUCUGGCUCGGCCCCAGCACGACUGGGAGUUUGGAGAAUUCAAGAAACGAAGAAAUGGACUCAAUAGAGAAGACAUCAUUUCUUCCAACAUCUUCUUCUCGGACAUUGCUCACACCAUCUACGACAUGCUUCACGGAAGGAUUUGGGUAGGUCACAACAUCAAAGACUUCGAUUCUAGAAUUGUCAAGGAUGCGUUCCACGAAAUCGGGCGGUCACCACCAGAACCCUCGGGCGUAAUCGACACGAUGGAGUUGUGCGAACAUUUUAGAGGUGAAGCCGGCAAUGUAAAGAUGGCAACACUUGCGGCAUACUUUGAUCUUGGAGAGCAAAAACAUAGGAGCUUAGAUGAUGUCCAGUUGAAUCUCCGACUGUUCCGACGCUGUGCGGCGGUGUUCUUCCUGACAGAGUCCUUAAAGCUUUUGAGGGCACAAUAUGGCAACACGGACAGCAACAAAGUUCCAAGGUUUUUAGAACCCGAGGAAUAUAAAAUUCCAUCGCUCAGAGCUGAUUAUGACUCUCGCGAUUCCUUUGACCAAGUACGAGAUGUGUAUUUGCCAAUCUCUUGUGCUGCUUUGAAUGUGAAGUUGGGGCCAAGGUCCUGGAACGACAACGGCCGCCCGAAGGUGAGCUUCGUGGUCCACGCGCCGGACAACCUGAGCACCAUGCUAGAGGAAUGCGAUCGGAUGCUGCAGAGGUUGUUUCAGAGUUCCGGGAUCGACUCCGAGUGGAGAAACGUUGUGGUUAGAGCAUGGAACCCCCCCACUGUCAGGUUGAGCAUCGCAAAUACAGCAGACAAGCAAACGAUAGUUUGCAAGAGGACGGACUCCGGGGAAAUAAGAAGGCUCGUCUUCGACGAGAGCAAACUCGAGACGCUCCUCCCUCCAAGCACCAAGUUGGAUGCCUACUUCUUCUUGGAAACCUACCACUGUCAAGGGUACGCUGGCAUUAGAUUGGUGGCUCAUAAAUUGAUCAUCCAUCCCUAGUCCUGGAAGCAAAAGCUACUCACUUAUACAGUGUCGUGUGCCCGGAAAAGGAU